AUGUCACGGCACCUGAAGCUCCCGCGCGACCCCAAUCUUUUCUUUUCCGUGGAAUAUCACGGGUCGAAUUACAGCACUACGGUAGCUCCAGGACUUGUUCACAUUUAUAACAUCAGGUUCAGCCCGUCGGAGAAACGGGAUUACGAAUACCAUGUCGAAUUUAUCAAUGAUACCGAAAUCUUUGCGGUGCCAGUAAUCGCUAUCGGCCCGAGACCUAUUUUAGACAUCCCUGAUCGGAUCGAAGUACCGGCCACUGCGGUAAAAAUUCCCUCCUCGAAGACUAUUUUGAUACGCAACAUAGGAGAUGCACCAGCGAUCUUUACUUUUUAUUCAGAUAGUUCAUGUUUCUUCGUUGAACCGUCAAAAGGCACAUUAGGCGAAGAAGAAACAAUGCAACUCACAGUGAACUUUUUAUCGGAGAAAUCCGGCGAUUUUGAAGCGAACCUUUUCCUCAACUACGAGUCAGGAGAAAAGCUCUGCUUAACAUUACAAAGUUCAGCAAUAAAUUGCACAAUUCGAAUUGACAGGGGUAGUAUCAGAAUGGAAAACACUUACUUAGGCUUAUCUAGAAGUAAAGUUUUAACGAUACACAAUAGAAGCGACCACGUCGUGAGAUUCCUAUGGAUGCGCUUUAAAGACAAGGAUACUGAUGUACAACGCAAAGAAGAGUACAAAAAGCUAUUUCAACUGGUGCAUAGUGUGGAGGUAGUACGUCGCGUCAGUCUUGUUCAUUACAAUAUUUGCCUGCCAGAUAUUCACGAGCUUGUCUGCCAGCGGAUUUACACGGAUGAGAUUGCUUCGUUGACGAAUGAGAAUUUCCGCUAUAAUCAUAUGUCCUUCCUUCUCACGCCUGAGGUGAUCUUUUGUGAUAGCUUAGCAACUCUUAAUACUAUUGAGGGCGAAAUUUGGCCGCAAUCUUCGACAGAUAUCACGGUGAUUUUUCGAGCCAUGGAAGUAGGCGAGAUAUCGAGCGUCGCUUAUCUCGAAGUUACAGGUCGCGAGGACAGGAUACCCCUGAGCCUUCACGGAACUGGCAAGGGACCAGUUUUCCAUCUCAACGUGAUCACUAUCGACCUUAGCAAUAUCUUGUUGUGCUCCAUGCACAACUACGAGAUUAUAGCAGCAAAUAAUGGGCACAUUUGUGGUACAUUGGUUCAUAAAGCGAGACCGACAGAUUUUGGUGGCAUCAUUAAUAUUACUCCAUAUGCUUUAACGUUAAAGCCAAACGAGCACAAGUCAUUUAAUUUAUCAUUCUCUUCAAGUCGAAAAGGAGACUUUAUGGAGCGAAUCGACUUUGUCAUUAAAGAGAGCUUAGAAGUAUUAUCCUUGCAUAUAAAAGGAUGUGUCGUAUGUCCAACGCUACAUUUCGAUAAGAGUAGUCUUGAUUUUGACGCAACUGCCUUAGGAUUUAGCAGAAGACAGGAAGUAAGUCUUCGUAACUUAUCUUUGGUUCCCGUCACGUUCGGUGUGACCAUAAUGGAGGACGGCGAUCAGGCGUCUCUGACUCACGAAGAGUUUGCUACAUCUGAAGUUAAACCAAGUUUCCCGACUAACCCUCGCGAAUUUACGAUUAUUCCACAGAAAGGAGUGGUACAGGCGCAUAGUUCGCUUAAAUUAAAGGUGUCAUAUAUAGCGAACGUGGCUCGAACUGGGCGGACGAAUAUGCGAGUCGACAUGUGGGAUUCAGAUUCGGAUUCAGUAAUACUACCGGUCUCGUUUUGUGGCGCUAUUCCUUCUCUAUCGAUCAAGCCCGCGGAGAUAAAUAUUCGAUUUUCCUUCAUCAACUUUCCGUAUGCUCGUUGCAUCAAUAUAGAAAAUGAUUCCGAUUUAGACGGAUAUUUUUAUAUAGUACCGCAGACGAUAUCCGAGAAUAUAUCUGUCAUAUAUUCACUAUCAUCCUAUCAAGGUUUCCUAAAAGCACGACAAUCGAAGACGAUUGACGUCACGAUUAUUACAAAAUUGUUGGGCAAGCAGACUACCACGUUAAAUAUGCUGACGAUGGGUGAACAGGCUCCAAUUACGUCUUGUACGAUUAUUUGCAACGGCCAGGGGCCAGUAGUAUCCAUACAACCUAUUUGUCUCAAUUUCGGAGAGAUACAAGUGCUUCAAAAUAAAGUUAUGAAUUUUCACAUAAUCAACGACUCUCCGAUACCAGCGCAAUUUAAAUUAACUUCGCCUAAAAAAAAGUCAUCGUGGCUUGUUGAGCCAACUUUUGGCGAGGUUGAACAGAAUAAAUCUGCGGAGAUUAAAGUCAAACUAUUUUUACGCGACACUGGUAAAUACACCGAUAAUAUAAUCGUGCAUGUCAUCAACAGUCGGUCGUUUUCCAUUAAUAUUAUUGCGACUGGAAUCGGUUGCAGCGUCGUUUUCGAGCCGCAAAUAUUUCCAAUAUUCGACAUAGGCUUUCUCUUUAGCCAUCAAAAUCAGAGUCUGCCAAUAACCGUAAAGAAUUUUGGCACGCGUCAUUGCCAAAUAAUAUGGUCAAACGAUCCAGAAGUGCGCGUCCAAAAGAACCAAACAUGGUCAAAAAAUGAAGUCUUGGCGGAAAAUUGGUACAUAUUCGAGCAGACUUUUGGACAAGGAAAGCGAAAAUUGAUCGGAACCUCAACAUUUAAAGCUACUUUUACGGAGCCACGGAUUGCGUUUAAUAAGAGAGAGUUAACGUUUUGCAUUGAUAUAUGUCCCGGGGGAGAAAAGUUGCAACAGACAGACGAAUUAACAAUGACAAAUCAAUCGCGACUAAGUUUAAAUGUUUCACUGUACACUGAUGCUCCCUUUUAUUUGGUGAAUAAUAAGAAAAAGUUGGUACAUAAAAAGAAAAUUGUUUUGAUUGACGGAAACACCAUGACAAUUCCAGUAAAAUUUUUGCCAAAUAUAAAUCCCGAUAAUCCUUAUUCGCGAAAUUAUAACGGCGUGCUCUGGUUUGAAUAUGACGGACAUCCUAAUAAGGACAAAAUUCAAUGCAAAGGUGCGGUAAAUUUCCCAAAUGUUACAUUACAUUGCAAAGAAUUGAUUAUCAACUGUAUUUCGGGUUCAACCGCCAAAGCACUAUUGAAAAUGACUAAUAACGGGCCAAUUCCUGUGAUAUAUAAAUUUCUCUGGGCCGGAGAGAGUAUUGAGAUUCAACAUGGAGCAUAUGAUAUUAGAGUUGAGUGGCAUCGAAAUAUGAAUAAUUUCGCAAAUUAUUUACAACCGCAAAUUAACGCAGAAAACGAUGAAUUUAACCCUUGUUCCUAUAAGAUCAAAAAGAAAUUAGAGACUCAGGAAACUGAGAGUGAAUCUCUUGAUUUAUCAACUUCAACUUUACAUGAACUACAAGAUUCAGAUUCGGACAAUUUGUCAAUGGAAAUUCGAUCGCGAACGCUAGACGAAAUGCUCGAAAAACUAAGAAGUACUUUCAUGUCAAGGACAGAGACAUCCUUACAGUGCUUAGAUGAUUCAGAGAUUCUUGCUCUAAUAGAUCACAAUCUCGAGUCUUCUUCAAAGGGGUUGCUCGAUGAUAUACUCGAUAUCAUCCCACACGAAGGUAUUCUCAUUCCAUUUUCCUCGCAAUACGUCCGCUUCAUCUUUCAUGCUUCCGAGCCUAUGCAGGUCAAAGUUGCUGCGCUUUGUGAAAUUCUUCAAGGACCUACUGAAGUAGUUAAUGUAUUUGCCAGUGCAGACGUCGUUCGAUAUUCCGUUGAUAAACAGGUCAUCGACUUUGGUGAACAGUUAUUCGGCGAACUGUGUCGGGCGAGCGUUACUUUGGAAAAUCAUAGCACAAUAUUCCUGAAUUACAAGAUAAACAAGAGGAAUUUAAUAUCCAAAACAGUCAAUAAUGACUGUACGAUCGGCGUAUUAACAAUCGAGCCGAAUAAAGGAUCUAUAGAUCCUUUAUCGUCAUUGAAAAUAACGAUCGAAUUCCAACCCAUACUACUCGGCGUUUUUGAGACAGAGUUUGAGCUACAAGUGGCUGAUGUAGAUCCAUUGAUAAUUACUACAAAAGGUGUAACGAGCUAUCCACAAAUUUAUCCUUGCAUCUCGCGCGAUAUUUCUAAGCAAUAUUCUGUGAAAUUGGGAUACCAGGCGAUUCAAUUUCUAAAUUCUGACUAUAUCACAAUGAAGAAACGAGAAAUAAAAGUGCAAUGUAUUGUAGACAAUGACCAGCCACAGAAUCAAAUAUCCGAAUCGGACGAAAGAAUCUUAUUAAAUAAUGGAUGGGAUUUAAUUUCGUACGAGGAAAUAUUUCCCAGUAUUGUCGACAUCGAGAUGUCAAUUGACAGACUUUUGGCGACUCAAUUUAUCAGGAAGAAUACUUCUAUCUUGACAAAAUAUUCCAUUCCGCACAAAAACGCUGUAAUCCCUUUUCUCUACGCUCCUAAAUAUAUCAUAGAUAUGGGUUACAUUGCGAUUGAUCUUAAAACAUGUUAUUCGACAACAAUUGUCAAUUACGGGCCUUGGAACACGGACGUUACGAUAAAAAAGCUAGAAAGAAAGCAAUUUGAGAAUUCCGGCAUUCUCGUGCAAUUUGAGAAGGCAAUGUUAAGUGUCGGGAAAACUACGUGUCUGACUAUUACGUGGCAGCCGACAACGGUUAAAUAUAAAGAAAGAAGCACGAGGGAACAACACUCGAUUAAUUUAGAAGUAUCCCGCGGUUCUACCAUUCCCAUAACUAUAAAAGGCAUCAUCACUUAUCCAUUUGUCGCUGUUAACACGAAAUUAUUAGAUUUUCAAAAUGUCGUCUUGGGUGAAUGUUUAAUGAUGAACGUUUUAGUAAAAAACGAGUAA